UCAUCGCAUUUUUCUUUUAAUACCAUGGCUCGAGACCGUCUUAUGAUAUCUGACGUUUCAGUUGGCGUUCCUGCCACAUGGCAUCGCAAUACUCUUUCUAUAUUCGGAUCAACUCGUGGUUUUUCCAAGGGUGGUUGGAUCCGUUCAGUUCCUUCGCAAAUCGUCCAUCCUGAUGGUUCUUUCAACGUUGGUAUAGAUGUUGAUUCUGUGCAUUUGGACCAUCGUGUUCCACAUGAUGAUGAAUCAGACGUUGACAAUGAAGGUCGCCAACCGCUUAUGGUCUAUGCUUCAGUUGAGGAAGACAAAAAACGCGAUUUAUUACGCGACCACUCGCUUAUGCUUGCUGUAUGGUUUGGUUACCUUGCUUGUCUUUUAUGGUUUGGUCCAAUGUCACUGAGAUCUCGUGAGGCUACUUACAAGACAUCUGUGGUUGUCGCUUUGUGUUGGAUAUCGGUAGUGGAUCUGUUCUGUUUGAUGUGUGUAUUAUCAAGGGUUGGUUUUAUGGACGCCAUGGGUUUGAGCAUCACCAUGCUUACUGUGUUCCUGUUUGUCCAACUUCUGUACACCGAGAGUGUUCCCGCAUUAUGCCUGGUUGCUUCCCACUGUGCUGCUAUUUUAGGUACCCGCGCAACGCUUUUGAAGUGCUCCAAUUGUUUGUUUAUGGUCUCUAAGUUUUAGCUAUAGAGGCUAU